AUUUUGAACCGUUCUAUUUCUCAAAGCACAUUUCUCAUCCUAGCACAACGACCGGCAAAUAAGUUAGAUAGAGGUGAUUUCAAAGAUGAAUCGUGAGAAGCUUAUCAAGAUGGCUGGUGUUGUCCGCACUGGUGGGAAAGGCAGUAUGCGCAGGAAGAAGAAGGCAGUUCAUAAGAGCCCUACUACACAUGACAAAAAACUUCAGAGCUCACUGAGAAGAAUUGGGGUAAAUACUAUACCUGCCAUAGAAGAAGUCAACAUCUUUAAAGAUGAUGUUGUCAUCCAGUUUCUGAAUCCCAAAGUGCAAGCUUCUAUUGCAGCCAAUACAUGGGUGGUUAGCGGUUCUCCUCAGACUAAAAAACUUGAGUACUUGCUUCCUACAGUCAUCAACCAGUUAGGCCCUGAUAAGUUAGAGAACUUGGGGAGGCUUGCAGAGCACUUGCAGAAGCAAGCACCUGAUGCUGCUGGUGCUGCUGCUAAAGGUGAAGAUGAUGAUGAUGUCCCAGAGCUUGUGCAUGGAGAGACUCUUGAACGGGCUGCAGAGGAGAAACAAGAUUCACAAGGCUCAAGGCAUUAGUGUUGUAAAUGAAUGAGAUGUUCCUAAAUAAAUUUAAUUUUUAGUUUAAUAAAACUAUAUUCCUUUAAUUAUAAAAAAUAUAUAAAAUAAAUAAAUUUGAAUACUA